ACGUCCUUGUGCACACGUUGCAUGCUCCCUCAGGUGAACGCCCGAGCACUGCAGGACCAUGCGCCAGCAUCCGGGCCAGGAGCAAGGGCUUGGAGCUCCAAGGAGGCAGGGCGCCCAGUGUGAGGAGAGGCUCACGCUACCGCGGGGCCCUGUGUUUCCACCUUCCCCGCUCCCCACAGAGAAUCCAGGAGGAGGGCAGGGUGUGGAUGGGAGCCUGCCCUGGUGCCAGAAGGUUCACAGCAGUUGGUCUGAUGGGCUGUGUGGGAGUCAGACCAGUGACCAGGAGGCCAGUCAUCAUCAACAGCAUUUGUAGAUCUGGAACCUGCGGACUCACCAAUGACAGUGACCAUGCAAGUCCUGGCUUUGCUGCUAGGCAUUGGGCCUCAACAGUGAGAGCUCAAGACACACCUGCCCCUCUGGAAUCUGUCCCAGGCAAAUUCUCCCAGCUUUGGGGAAGCGGUGGCUCUUUCUGGCUCCUUCAGUGUUUGUUUGGUUUUUUUUUCAUUAAAGUAUCGUUGAUAUACAAUCUCAUCUCAUGUUGGUUUCAAAUAUACAACACAGUGGCUCAACAGUUACCCAUAUUAUUAAAUCCUCACCCCCUCUAGUGCAGUCACUAUCAACGUAGAAGAUUUACAGAAUCAUUAACUGUAUUCUCCAUUCUGUAUUACUGUCCCGGUGGCCAACUUAUAUUGUGAUUGUGAAUUAUUGGGCCCCUUUAUCUCCUUCACCCUCCCCCUGCAACUCACCCCAACCCCUCCUCUUUGGUGACCAACAGUCCCUUUUUAGUGUCUGUGAGUCUACUGCUGUUUUCUUCCUUCUGUUUUGCUUUGUUUUUUAUUCCACAAAGAAGUGAAAUCAUCUGGUACCUGUCUUUCUCCACCUGGUUUAUUCCACUUACCAUAAUAUCCCCUAGGUCCACCAUGUUGUCACAGGUAGCAGGACUUCUUUCCUUUUUUUUACGGCUGACUAAUAUUCCAUUGUGUAUAUGUACCACAUCUUCUUUAUCCAUUCAUCUAUUGAUGGACACUUAGGUUGCUUCCAUAUCUUGGCUAUUGCAAAUACUGACUCCUCUACUUUUGAUUCUGUCUGUUGUGGUUAGUCUCUUCAUCGUGAUUGUGGUAACUAAUGUGUACUGAGCACUUACAAGUGUGCCUGUCCUUGUUUUGAGUGCUCUAUAUGAAUCACCUCAUUUCACCUAUUAUCAACCUUAAGAAGUAACUCCUUUUAAGAUCCCCAUUCUACACGUGGAGCUAGAGAGGUACAACCACCUGCCUACAGUCACAGAGCCAGUCCGUGGCAGAGCUGGGCCUGGAGACCCUCUGUCUGUGGUUGGAGUCUGAGUUCCUCUGACCACGCUGCACUACCUUCCACCCUUCUCCCUCCCCGACACCCCUCCUGGUCCAGCCUCACUGAGUCACCUCAGCAGCAGGCUCUCUAUGCAUGAGGUGUCUUCCAGGCAGGGAGUUCAGCAUUUCGUUCUGGAUAAAGAGGACACUUAGCAAGAGGACACCUUCCUCUCUUGACUGGGAUUGAGACCCAGUGUCUUUGGGUGAGGAGCCAACCACUCCAUAUGCAAAGCAAGGUGGGUACAGGCAGGGGUUCUGAGACUUAGGGAUUUGUGGCCUAAUAAAAUUACAAAUUAAAACUGGGUCCUAACAUAGGGCCAACAACUUUUUAUUUCACCACUUAAAAAGAACAUUUUAUAAUACUCCUAUUAAUAAUAAUACAAGAAAGAAGAUCUAACCAUUACAAAGAGAGCUUAUGAUGGACCAGGCACUGUUUGUUAUGUCUUUCAUGAAUUAUUUGAUUUGAUUCUCAUGAUAAAAAUCCCUAUUCUGUAGGCGCUAUUAUCCCCAUUUUAUACACAAGGAGACUUCUUAUGUUAAGUAAAUUGUUCCCGGGUCUAUGCUGAUAACUAGUGUAAUAUAAGCUCAUCUUCGAAAACAAGCACACAAGGCAGGUCCUAACCUCAAAAUCUGGGAAUAAAUGAGUGAGAAGCCCCGUCAGUGAAGCUGGAUGGCUCUGAUGUUGAGUUUUAGGGCACUUAUUUAACGCUCACUGUGCCUCAGUUUGUUCACCUGCAAUGAAAAUAAGAAUACCCACCCCAUGGGCUGUUGGGCAGAAUGAAUUUCACACGUGCUCCUCAGAAAGAGCCCCUCGCACAGCGACUGACAGUGGUAAGGACCCAGUGCGUGCCAGCCACGGGGCUCAUCACUGCUAUUCCUCUGGCAGGGCCCUGCAAGCUUACCUCUUGCUAGGAAGAAACUGGGCGUGGAUACCACAGCGUGGCUCUGCUUUGGCCGUCAGAUGGUUGCUGGGACUGACUGUGCCCUCCUUCACUAACAGAAGCAGGCAGAAACAUUUGGGCUUUGCUUCCCAUUGGUUGAAAUGGGUGUUGCCAUGGCAGCACUUGUAAACAUUCAGUCUGGGAAUCCUGGGGAAAAGCUGCAGAGAGGCUCUUUCUGCGGCUUCCCAGGCUACUACGGUUCCAAACAAGGAUCUGUCUGGUCACUCAGAUCUUCCCAUUGGGUGGAACCUCCUGGGAGCCAGAAGGCACUGAAGAGACCACUGCUGUGGUCUGGUCAGAGGAAAAUGGAUGUGACUAAAAGUGUCAAAACUCAGACGAAAAUAGAUGUGGAUGAAAGUCCUACAAGCCAGACGACAGCCACAGAAGACUACAGCAACCUGACGGAAACAGCUCUGGCUUCAGUUAACAGGGCCGUCACUGAUGCUGUUAAGGCUGUAGAAGAAGCUGAAAACCCCAUCAAAAACAUCACCUGGAUCACACACAGUGAAUUCACAGAAGAAAGAGGCCGUGAACAAAUUGAAGAGUUCAUUUUGACUUGGGAGCAUCAAGACAACUGGCUGCACUACACAGAACUCAUAGAGAGGAAAGACUUGAUUCACAGCUUCCACUACAUCUACUGUGUACGCUGGAGCAUUCCAACUGCUUCAAGACCCGUGACACAAGUUAGUGCUGCUGCCUUCUUCACCAUCAAGGUCUUCAAAAGCAAACCAGAUAUACCCAUUGAAGUCUCUUACAUCUUUGAGGACCAUUCAUUAGUUCACAGACCCGGAAUGACUUGCUUUCAAGGAAAAUGGCCGAAGGACAUUACUGAGUCCAAAAAUACUCUAAUGGAGUCAAUUGACUUCUAACGCAAUUGUGUCUGAUUCUUAGAGAAUGUUUUAGGAUUGGAUUUCUAG